AUAAUUUCAAAACUUUAAAAUGGAUGACAUGGAUAGCUUCAUUGACCGAAACAAACAUUUUCAAGAUUAUGGAGAUGACUGAGACAACAGGGGGUUCAUAAUGGAUUCCAUCUUUGAUACCUCUAGGGAUAAAUCCUAUGAGAAGCUAGAAAAGGCGACCAAGUACCUUCGUAACCUCUCCUUUGAUGCAAAUGAAAAGAACAGCUUGAUCCAACAGAUAGAAGAUGCUGAAAUCAGCUACCAGCUGUUUCAUCGUAAGCUGGACACCGAAGAGCAGGAGAAAUAACUCCAAGCUUACACGUAGGAGGCAGAAGCCGGUUGUGGUACAUCCAGAGAAUUUCAACAAAAUCGACCCUUAUGAGAAGAAUAUUAUUGAUAAGAUAAAGCAUAAGAAGCCUAUUUUCUUGAAGGACAUUAAAAUGGACUACUCGAUUUACUACAAUUAUAAGCAGCGGAAGUUAUUCGACAAGAAAGCUCUACUGGCUAAGAAGAAGCUAUUCCAGGCUGCUGAGGAGAUCCGCCGUAAUAUGACCAGGAACCGAUAUCGAUCUAAGUGACAGAAGUUUGAUAAGAAAGAAAUGAGCCUGACCAUGAGCAGCAGCUUCGAUAGGAAAUAUAAAUCAAAUCAAAUAUCUCCAGACUCGAGUAUUUUUGAGCAAAAAGAGCAUGGCUUACCUAAAGAGCUGUUCAUGGGGAAGUCAAACUUUAAAAUCCCUUGUUCAAUCAAGGUGGACCAAAAUCAGGCUUCAACAAUGGUGUCGUUAAGGAGGAAAAAUUCAUCUCCCGAGUCGAGGAACUUGAAUUUUCAGAAAAGUCCAUCAAAGAUUGCCAAAGAGGAAGCCAAGAAGUUAGCAGAUAGUAAGGAUUCCCUACUAAAGAGCGAGCUCCCACCAGCUCUUAAGAGCGGGACUUUGAUAUCUUCCAAGCAAAAAGUUCGGGUGAACACCAAGCAAGCACCAAGGAAAUCUAAAAAGCGCAGAUUUAUGAAAACCUUCGCAGAGAGCCCAAGAAAGUCAGCAAUGAAAUCAACAGUUUCUACCUCAUUUUUAAAUAUGAAACGAGAAGGUGUCAAGACAUUGAAUGUGAACCAAAACAGCAAUGGGUUACCAAGAAGAGGCGCGUUGGUGACUAUCCGUGAGCCAAAGAUGGGCAGCAGCUCUAAGGCUAUUCACACCUUAAACUCUAACAAGGCACACCAGGAUUCGAACGAGAAUACUAGGAAGUAGCUCUAAGAAAAGACUUGCUUCUUAUUUCCAAUCUAGGAGGUAUAAGACACAGAAACUUCGACAUAAAUUUUACUCUAUCUCCAAGGCAUGUGAUGAUGCUACUCUCAAAGGUCGUGAGGACAUGAGGGAGUUGUUAUUCGAGCGGUUUAAGCACAAAAUUCAAGACCAGGAAUUCAAGAAAACUUUAUCACUGAUGGAAAGCCUAGAUUUUGCUACUACGAACUCUCUUAGCAUAAUGUACGACUACAUGAAAGGAGAUAUUGACGAGAGCAUCCAGAACCAGCUUUGUAUCAUGGAGGACUACAAUUCUGGCAAAGGUGACCCCUCCCGAGUAGUUGCUCGGAUCGAGAGAGCCACUAAGAAAAAGAAGGAUAUUGUCAAGAAGAAGACUGGACGAUUUUAGGUACAUUUUCAACACCUCUA